AUGCAUCAAGUUUUCAUCCGAGUCUUCCUCGUGCUCUUCGCAUAUUUUGCUACUGCCAGUGCUCACGCCAUCGUCGUACAACGAGAUAGUGAUAUUUCUUGGACGCUGCAAGGCUGCUACACAGACACAUCAACCUCUCGCACUCUCGGGGGAUCGUCUGCUAUCAGCGACGACAUGACCAUCGAAACUUGUCAAAGUUUUUGUUCAGAGGGAGGUUUCAAUUUGGCCGGUGUAGAACUCGGCUCUCAAUGCUUCUGCGACAAUGGCAUUCAGGCAACCGGUGCGACCGCUGAUAUCGCCAACUGUAAUGCGGCUUGUAGCGGAGACGAUACCGAAAUUUGUGGCGGCGAAGGUUUCAUCAAUAUUUACUGGAACGGAGCGCCCCAAACCUGUCUCUCCUUCAACCACACAACGACUUCCAAUGUUCAAGCGGUGUAUGUCAGCCCUCCGACGACAGGACCUGCCUCCGUGCCAAUCUACGCCCUGAUCAUCUUUCUCGCGCGUGGAUUUGCAUUUGAAAUUCUCUCAACUGGAUUCAACGCGUUCAACUUCGUAUCACUGACAAAUGGCGGUCUCAAGGCCACCUCCGCAACCCAGCCCUCACGAGCCGUCUCUCUCUCCGCCCUCCCCGGCGACUCACCCACCUUCGUCAUGGUAACCCCACUCCCGGCGGCCCUUCCCGCAUAUUGCAUGAUGCCGAAUCCAUUCCCUGGCCAGGACGGUACAGUUCUCGCGGUGAACGGCAGGAGCGACCUUUGGGCUCUGUGUGCGAAUACCUCGGCCGCAGGAAGGGUCGAUUUGGUGUUUGAUCCCAUUCCGAAUCACCCGCGUUAUGAGCUGGCGAACUGUCGGUCUGUGUACCUCACCUUGACGGAUGCGUAA